UGCCAAUUUCAGGGGGGCAGCUUGGGUUCCCUCCCCGCCCCCUGCUUCUAUUCCUUCUCUUGACCCUUUUCUCUUGGCUCUGUCGGCAGUUUCUCCAGGACCUAGCAGUGUCCUCUGUCCACUGCUGUGGGCCACUCCCACCCCACCCCCACCUGGAGCCCCUAACUCAGGAUCCGGUACCCAGGGGACCCUCCCUAACCCAGCUAACCUCCUCUGGACCAGGAGAGCAGAGCCAGAUCCCACUACCUCCAUGAGUGCUACAGACAGGAUGGGGGCCAGAGUAGUGCCCAGGCUGCGGCUGGCACUGCUGUUACUGCUGGUGCUAGGGAUACCCAAAUCAGGGGUCCAGGGGGAAGAAGGGCUGGACUUCCCUCAGUACGAUGGUGUGGACCGUGUGAUCAAUGUCAAUGCAAAGAACUACAAGAAUGUGUUCAAGAAGUAUGAGGUGCUGGCCCUCCUCUACCAUGAACCCCCUGAGGACGACAAGGCCUCACAAAGACAAUUUGAGAUGGAGGAACUGAUCCUGGAGUUAGCAGCCCAAGUCCUAGAAGACAAGGGUGUUGGCUUUGGGCUGGUGGACUCUGAGAAGGAUGCAGCUGUGGCCAAGAAACUAGGACUAACUGAAGAGGACAGCAUUUAUGUGUUCAAGGGAGAUGAAGUCAUUGAGUAUGAUGGCGAGUUUUCUGCAGACACCCUGGUGGAGUUUCUGCUUGAUGUCCUAGAGGACCCUGUAGAAUUAAUUGAGGGUGAACGAGAGCUGCAGGCAUUUGAGAACAUUGAGGAUGAAAUCAAACUCAUUGGCUACUUCAAGAACAAAGAUUCAGAGCAUUACAAAGCCUACGAGGAUGCAGCCGAAGAGUUUCAUCCCUAUAUCCCCUUCUUCGCCACCUUCGACAGCAAGGUGGCAAAGAAGCUGACUCUGAAGUUGAAUGAGAUCGAUUUCUAUGAGGCCUUCAUGGAAGAGCCCGUGACAAUCCCAGACAAACCCAACAGUGAAGAGGAGAUUGUCAGCUUCGUGGAGGAGCACAGAAGGUCAACCCUGAGGAAACUGAAGCCUGAGAGUAUGUAUGAGACCUGGGAGGACGAUAUGGAUGGAAUACACAUUGUGGCCUUUGCAGAGGAAGCUGAUCCUGAUGGCUACGAAUUCUUAGAGACUCUCAAGGCUGUGGCACAAGAUAACACUGAAAACCCUGAUCUUAGCAUCAUCUGGAUUGACCCUGAUGACUUUCCCCUGCUGGUCCCAUACUGGGAAAAGACAUUUGACAUUGACUUAUCAGCCCCACAAAUAGGAGUCGUCAAUGUUACUGAUGCGGAUAGCGUAUGGAUGGAGAUGGACAAUGAGGAGGACCUGCCGUCUGCUGAGGAGCUAGAGGACUGGCUGGAGGAUGUGCUGGAGGGUGAGAUCAACACAGAAGAUGAUGACGAUGAUGAUGACGAUGAUGAUGAUGACUAGUUGCUAUGACAACCACCUCCCAGCCCCACCUGCUCUCUUCUUAUAUCCUCCUAUCUUCCCUGUCCUUCCCUGAGCUCCUCCAGGGAUACAAGGUUAUUCUUUACCAUAGGGUCAUUGGGGUCUAUAUAUUGGGUACUGAGACCCUGAUUUCCCCUCAACUGAUGAAGAGGAGAGCUAUUUUCCCCUAACAGAGCCCAGCUUUCUCAUCUGACUCCUGUUUCUUAUCCCAUAACUUACCUGUAUCUAUUAUUUGUUUCUCUCAUCAGUCCUCAUACUCUUUCUUGUGGCUUUUCCUCUUGCCAUAUAUGUGGGCCCCCAUCUCUCUUCUGUUCUUUCCACCUAUGCACUCUUCCCCGACUCUCAAAGCCUGUAUCCUCUGACUGUCCGUCUGGACAGGAGGAAUGGAGGCAACUGUGGGGCUGUAUCUCAGCCAUCUCGUUAAUGUAUUUGGGUCAAAUGCAUUAAUAAAGAGAUCUAGGGCAGAAUGA